AAGACAGUCACCAUGAAGUUCGUGAUCUUGGCUUUGUUCGUUGCUGGCGCCUACGGGUGCGGCCUCCCCACCUACCCCCCUGUCCUAUCCAGAGUGGUUGGUGGAGAUGAUGUUCGUCAGAGCAGCUGGCCCUGGCAGGUGUCUCUGCAGUACAAGAGUGGCAGCAACUUCUACCACACAUGUGGUGGCACUCUGAUCUCCAGUCAGUGGGUCCUGACUGCUGCUCACUGCAUCGGAGGUUACACCUACAGGGUCUACCUGGGAAAACACAGUCUGGAGACCAGCAACGAGUCUGGUUCCAUCGCCAUCAGCCCUGAGAGAAUCAUCGUCCACGAGGACUGGGACUCCUACAGAAUCCGUAACGACAUUGCCCUGAUCAAGCUGGCUACUCCCGUCAAGCUCAGUGACCAGAUCCAGCCCGCCUGUCUUCCCACUUCUGGUUCCAUCCUGGCCAAUGGUGCCCCCUGCUACGUCACUGGCUGGGGACGUCUCUGGACUGGAGGUCCCAUUGCUGACAUCCUGCAGCAGGCUCUCCUCCCUGUGGUGGACCACUCCACCUGCAGCAGGUACGACUGGUGGGGAAGUCUGGUCACCACCAGCAUGAUCUGUGCUGGAGGAGAUGGAGAUCUGGCUAGCUGCAAUGGUGACUCUGGCGGUCCCCUGAACUGUCGCAACUCUGAUGGUUCCUGGGAUGUCCACGGAGUGGUGAGCUUUGGCUCCAGCAUGGGAUGCAACUACUACAAGAAGCCCUCUGUCUUCACCAGAGUCAGCGCCUACAGCUCCUGGAUCAGCAAUGUGAUGGCCAGUUACUAAGAUGUGGGUUGGUGUUUGGCGUACAUAGUUGGUUGUUGCACCAUGAAAUAAAGCAUGACAUAGCAGA